AAGAAGAAAGAAGAAGGAAACUCAAUCUGCCUCUCUAUCAAUAGACGUGACAAAGUUAGAUUCAGCCUUAACAUAACGUUGGUGGCAAAUAUUGUUCUGCCAGACAAUGUUGUUUUCAGGACUGCUUGGCGAAGCAGCACUAGAAAUCCAAUUUUGCUGUGUUUUCAUUAUUGAGCUCUGACUCUAGAUGCCCCUCUCAAGCAUCUGAUCAUGAGUUCAGCAUUAGAUCAUUCCCCAAAACAAUAUGAAGCAUUCGGCAGCUCAAAUGGAGUUGUUGGUGGGGAUGGUUUGGAACGAAUGGCAACAAAUAAUGCAAAGGGAGAAGCAAAGAAGCGAGCAAUAUUAGUGGAAUGGUUGAAUAAUACUCUCCCGGGUUUAAGCUUACCACUAAAUGCUUCAGAUGAAGAGUUGAGAAUGUGCUUGAUUGAUGGUACUAUUUUGUGUCGGAUAUUGAAUAGACUGAGAAUUGGUUCUGUGAGUGAGGAAGGUGAUCUCAAUCAUUCAUCAGACCCAUCGGAAAAUAUUAAAAGGUUCCUGGCAGCUAUGGAUGAUUUGGUGAUUCCUAGAUUCAAGGCGUCCGACUUACAGAAGGGAUCUAUGAAGACUGUUAUUGACUGCCUUGUAACCCUUAGAGCACGAUUUAUACCAAAUGUUGUUGGGGAUGGUUUUUCUCCUACUAGUCUGAUUGCUAAAUCUGGAAGCCCUCGUGGGGAUGCAAUUUCUCAGGGAUAUUUUUCUCCAUUAUCUGGGGAAGAAAGGCAGAAGGUUGUGACUGACUCUAAAUUUCAACGCACCUUGCGUACUCCUGUUAUUUCAGAGCAACCAACAGCAUUAAGACAUCCGGUUGGACAUAAGUUCCAUGAAGUGUUUCAACUCAAACAAGGGCGAUAUGCAGACCUUCCUGAGUCAAAAAUUUCAGAGAUGAUGAAACCAAACUGUCUAGAUUAUCUCUUGUUGCAGAAUGCCCCAACUCAAUCUCUAUUAAGCGUUGUGAAUGGAAUUCUGGAUGAAAGCAUUGAAAGAAAGAAUGGCGAAAUAUCAAAUCGUGUGGCAUGUCUAUUGAGAAAAGUUGUGCAAGAGAUUGAGCGUCGCAUAUCAACUCAAGCAGAACACUUAAGAACCCAAAACAAUCUUUUUAAGGUUCGUGAAGAGAAAUACCAAUCAAGGAUCAGAGUACUUGAAGCCCUUGCAUCAGGGACUAAUGAUGAGAGCCAGAUUGUUAUGCACCAGCUUCAGCAUGUAAAGCCAGAGAGGGUCAAAAUUGAAGAAAGGGAGAAAUCCGAGGGGGAGGGUGGGAUUAAACUGAUGAAAGAAAAGGAUCACAACAAUCUUGAAAUUUCAACAUUGAAGCAAGAACUGGAAAUAACCAAAAAGGCAUGUGAAUUGAGAUGCAUACAAAUGGAAACAGAAGCUAAAACUACUCAAAGAGAUUUUGAGAAGAAGUUAAAAGAGCUUGAGCACCUGUUAGAAAAUUCCCAAAACACGGCAAAAGAGCUUGAGUCAAAUUCUGAAACAAAAUCUCAGAGGUGGAACCAGAAAGAGCACAUCUACCAGAGCGUUAUGGAAUUUCAGUUUGGUGCACUGCAGGAACUGAGGUUUUCUUCAACAUCCAUUAAACAAGAAAUCCUGAAAGCACAAAAUAGCUAUUCAGAGGAAUUUGAUCGCUUAGGAGUAAAGCUUAAAGUAUUAGCAGAUGCAGCUGAAAACUAUGAUGUCGUUCUUGCCGAAAACCGAAAAAUGUUUAAUGAAAUUCAGGAUCUAAAAGGAAACAUUAGAGUGUUUUGUCGGAUAAGGCCUUUUUUUCCUGGACAGAGAGAAAAAAGGACAACCAUAGAAUAUAUCGGUGAAAAUGGGGAGUUGGUUGUUGCCAAUCGCUCAAAGCCAGGGAAAGAAGGCCAUCGUUUGUUCAAAUUUAAUAAGAUCUUUGGUCCUGAUUCAACUCAAGCGGAGGUAUUUUCUGACGUCCAACCCUUGAUUCGGUCUGUACUUGAUGGAUAUAACGUAUGUAUAUUUGCUUAUGGUCAAACCGGUUCAGGAAAAACUUACACAAUGACUGGUCCCAACUCAGCAACCAAAGAAAACUGGGGGGUCAAUUAUCGAGCUCUAAAUGACCUUUUUGAUAUAUCUCAAAGAAGAAGAAGUUCCAUUAUAUAUGAAAUGGGAGUUCAGAUGGUCGAAAUAUACAACGAACAAGUUCGUGACUUACUAUCAAAUGAUGGUUCUCAAAAGAAACUUGGGAUUUUGAGUCACUCACAACCCAAUGGGUUAGCUGUACCUGAUGCUAGCAUGCAACCUGUCAAAUCGACCUCAGAUGUAAUGGACUUAAUGGAUAUGGGACUAAGGAAUAGAGCUGUUGGUGCCACUGCCCUGAAUGAAAGAAGUAGCCGCUCUCACAGUGUCCUCACUAUUCAUGUCGUUGGGAGGGAUGUGAAGACUGGUGCUCCUUUGCAUGGUAAUCUUAAUUUGGUAGAUCUUGCAGGAAGUGAGAGGGUAGAUCGCUCUGAGGUAAUUGGAGAUAGACUAAGGGAAGCACAACAUAUAAACAAAUCACUAUCUGCCCUUGGAGAUGUCAUUUUUGCUCUUGCUCAAAAGAAUCUUCAUGUACCUUACAGAAAUAGCAAGCUUACUCAAGUCCUGCAAAGCUCUCUCGGUGGACAAGCAAAAACCUUGAUGUUUGUGCAGCUUAAUCCAGAUGUGAAUUCAUAUUCUGAAAGUCUAAGUACUUUGAAGUUUGCUGAGAGGGUCUCUGGAGUUGAGUUAGGUGCGGCGCGGAGCAGCAAAGAGGGUAGAGAUGUCAGGGAAUUAAUGGAGCAGGUGGCUUCUCUCAAAGACACUAUUGGAAAAAAAGAUGAGGAGAUUGAGCGUUUGCAAUUACUUAAAGAUCUUAAAAGUGUGUAUCCUGGUGUCAACGGUGAGAAGCACGGGACAGUCUCUUUGAGGCAUGGAUCUUCCUCCCCUGGCAGAGAGUCUCUUGGUGGGACUCUUCUCCGAAACCAAAAAUCAGUCGGUGGGAAAGGCCUAGGACUUGCUGAGAAAGCAGCCUCUGAUCAUGAAAAUCAUUCAGUGCACAGUGAUAAGCCUUCUGAACCUGAUUCCCAGCAGUCCAUGGAUGACAGUAAAUACCAAAAUCUCAGGGACAUAGGUCAGAAUUCUCCUGCAGAUGCUGAAAUCUCAGGGUAUGGGGAUCAUGCAGAUUAUGAAGAGAGAAUGAGUGACGACUUAUCUGAUGGUGGUCUUUCUGUGGGAGCAGAAACUGAUGGAUCUGCAGAAAAUGCUAGUUUCUCUCAAGGCACAAAACCGUUAGAUAAUCUGCAGAAAUCCAAAUCAGUAUCUAAAGUUCCUCGAGCCGCACAGAAGACAGGGCGGACUGCAUCACCUACAGCAUCAGUGUCAAAGGACUCUUCAAAGGUGUCACCAACUUUUAAAACUACUGGCAGCAGCUCUUCUUCAGUCAGGCCUCCCAAAAGAUGGGUGUAAACCACAAAGUAGAAGACAGUCAUAUAGUAUAUAUAGUAUAUACACAUGCAUAGAUAUAUAGUAUAUACACCAAAUAUCUCUGUUUAUAUAUUGUGUUCUGUGAUUUUGCAUUGCCCUGUAGCUUUUGUGAUUAUAAUUGUUCUGAGGUGUUUUCUGCCUCUUGUAGUCA